AUGGUAAACCGGCUUGACUUAGCAUUAUCUGCAUGCCCGUGUAUGCAUGCAUACCCUACCGUACGUGUCUUUUUUUCUGGGUUUGCAGGAUCGGACUUGUUACGGUGGUAUUCUUCGGGCUACGCAAUGGGGAUUUACUGUGGUUUACCGAGACAGGAUGUUUUUCUUGGACUGCUUUGGAUUGUUUUGUACAGUCUACGAGUGCGUUAUCUUUUCUUUUUCGCAUUCUUGCGAGGUUUGAUUUUCAAGCGACAAGCUGUUUCCACUUUAUUUUUCGGCUCUUUCGGCCGUGCGAAUUCAGUCUGUACCACAACGAAAUCUUAA